AGGCCUCCGCCUCCCACCCACUCCAUUUCAGAUGCCCAUGGCACCACGAGUCCUGCUUCUCUGCUUGCUGGGCCUGGCAGUCACUGAAAGCCAUGGUCGGGAGGCAGCCAUCCCAGGCUGCCACUUGCACCCCUUCAAUGUGACAGUGCGAAGUGACCGCCAGGGCACUUGCCAGGGCUCCCAUGUGGCACAGGCGUGUGUAGGACACUGUGAAUCUAGUGCCUUCCCUUCUCGGUACUCUGUGCUGGUGGCUAGUGGCUACCGGCACAACAUCACCUCUGUCUCUCAGUGCUGCACCAUCAGCAGUCUUAAAAAGGUGAGGGUGUGGCUGCACUGCGUGGGGAACCAGCGAGGGGAGCUUGAGAUCUUCACUGCCAGGGCCUGCCAAUGUGACAUGUGCCGUCUUUCCCGCUAUUAGUCCUGAAGGGCUCAGGCUCCAGUCCUGCCACUGAUAUGCUACAGGAUGAGGGCGCUCCUUCGGCUCCGACCCUCUUUAGAGUCUGUGAAGAUGAGGUUUCGCUGCCUUUUACCUGGCCGCCUACGCAGUCUCAUUGCUAUGCUUUCCUGCACUCUUGUCCUCAAUAAA